GUUUUAUGACGGGCCUGGUGCUGAAGGGCAGGGAACAACUGAUGGUGCUACUUUGAACUGCUUUUCUUUUCUCCUUUUUGCACAAAGAGUCUCAUGUCUGAUAUUUAGACAUGAUGAGCUUUGUGCAAAAGGGGACCUGGUUACUUCUCGCUCUACUUCAUCCCACUGUCAUUUUGGCGCAACAGGAGUUGGAAGCAAGCUGCACCUAUCUUGGUCAGUCCUAUGCAUCUCGAGAUGUCUGGAAGCCAGAACCAUGUCAAAUAUGCGUCUGCGACUCAGGAGCUGUUCUCUGCGAUGACAUAAUAUGUGAUGACGAAGGUUUAGACUGCCCCAAUCCAGAAAUCCCUUUUGGAGAAUGUUGUGCAGUUUGCCCACAGCCUGCAGGACCCACUACUGUCCCUACUGCUGGUCAAGGACCUCAAGGCCCCAAGGGCGAUCCAGGCCCUCCUGGUAUUCCUGGGAGAAAUGGUGACCCUGGUAUUCCAGGACAACCAGGUUCCCCUGGUUCUCCUGGCCCCCCUGGAAUCUGUGAAUCAUGUCCUACUGGUGGUCAGAACUAUUCUCCCCAGUAUGACUCUUAUGAUGUCAAGGCUGGAGGUUUAGGAGGAGGAGCUGGCUUUCCUGGUCCAGCUGGUCCUCCAGGCCCUCCUGGUCCCCCCGGUACAUCUGGUCAUCCUGGCGCCCCUGGUUCCCCAGGAUACCAAGGUCCCCCUGGUGAACCAGGGCAAGCUGGUCCUGCAGGCCCUCCAGGACCUCCUGGUGCUAUAGGUCCAUCUGGUCCUGCUGGAAAAGAUGGAGAGUCAGGAAGACCCGGACGUCCUGGAGAGCGAGGAUUGCCUGGACCUCCAGGUAUGAAAGGCCCAGCUGGCAUGCCUGGAUUCCCUGGUAUGAAAGGACACAGAGGCUUUGAUGGACGAAAUGGAGAAAAGGGUGAAACAGGUGCUCCCGGAUUGAAGGGUGAAAACGGUCUUCCAGGUGAAAAUGGAGCUCCUGGACCCAUGGGUCCAAGAGGGGCUCCUGGUGAGAGAGGACGGCCAGGGCUUCCUGGAGCUGCAGGGGCUCGAGGUAAUGAUGGUGCUCGAGGUAGCGACGGUCAACCAGGCCCCCCUGGUCCUCCUGGAACUGCAGGAUUCCCUGGAUCCCCUGGUGCUAAGGGUGAAGUUGGACCUGCAGGGUCCCCUGGUUCAAAUGGCUCCCCUGGACAAAGAGGAGAACCCGGACCUCAGGGACAUGCUGGUGCUCAAGGUCCUCCUGGCCCUCCUGGGACUAGCGGGAGUCCUGGUGGUAAAGGUGAAAUGGGUCCUGCUGGCAUUCCUGGAGCUCCUGGAUUAAUGGGAGCCCGGGGUCCUCCAGGACCACCUGGUACUAAUGGUGCUCCUGGACUGCGAGGUACUGCGGGUGAACCUGGUAAGAAUGGUGCCAAAGGAGAACCAGGACCACGUGGUGAACGUGGGGAAGCUGGUUCCCCAGGUAUUCCAGGACCGAAGGGUGAAGAUGGCAAAGAUGGAUCACCUGGUGAACCUGGUGCAAAUGGAAUACCAGGAGCUGCAGGAGAAAGGGGUGCACCUGGAUUCCGAGGACCUGCUGGACCAAAUGGAGUUCCAGGAGAAAAGGGUCCUGCAGGCGAACGUGGUGGUCCAGGCCCUGCAGGUCCCAGAGGAGCCGCUGGAGAACCUGGUCGAGAUGGUGCCCCAGGAAGUCCAGGAAUGAGGGGUAUGCCUGGAAGUCCAGGAGGACCAGGCAAUGAUGGAAAACCAGGACCUCCCGGAACACAAGGAGAAAGUGGUCGCCCUGGUCCUCCUGGGCCAUCUGGUCCCCGAGGUCAGCCUGGUGUCAUGGGUUUCCCUGGUCCUAAAGGAAAUGAUGGUGCUCCUGGCAAGAAUGGAGAACGAGGUGGCCCUGGAGGGCCUGGCCUUCCAGGUCCUGCUGGAAAGAAUGGUGAAACUGGACCUCAGGGUCCCCCAGGACCUACUGGGCCAUCUGGUGACAAGGGAGACACAGGACCCCCUGGUCCCCAGGGGUUACAAGGCUUACCUGGUACUGGUGGUCCUCCAGGAGAAAAUGGAAAACCUGGUGAACCUGGUCCAAAGGGAGAUGCUGGUUCUCCUGGAGCCCCCGGAGGAAAGGGUGAUGCUGGUGCCCCUGGGGAACGUGGACCUCCUGGGUUGGCAGGGGCCCCAGGUCUUAGAGGUGGAGCUGGUCCCCCUGGUCCUGAAGGAGGAAAGGGUCCUGCUGGUCCCCCUGGGCCAGCUGGUGCUGCUGGUUCUCCUGGUCUGCAAGGUAUGCCUGGAGAAAGAGGAGGCCCUGGAAGCCCUGGCCCAAAAGGUGAAAAGGGUGAACCAGGUGGUGCUGGUGCUGAUGGUGCUCCAGGAAAAGAUGGUCCAAGGGGUCCUACUGGUCCUAUUGGUCCCCCUGGCCCCGCUGGUCAGCCUGGAGAUAAGGGUGAAGGUGGUGCCCCUGGACUUCCAGGUAUAGCUGGACCUCGUGGUGGCCCUGGUGAGAGAGGUGAGCAUGGGCCUCCAGGACCUGCUGGCUUCCCUGGUGCUCCUGGACAGAAUGGCGAGCCUGGUGCUAAAGGAGAAAGAGGUGCCCCUGGUGAGAAAGGUGAAGGAGGCCCCCCUGGAGUUGCAGGGCCCCCUGGAGGUGCAGGACCCGCAGGUCCUCCUGGUCCUCAAGGUGUAAAGGGUGACCGUGGCAGUCCUGGUGGUCCUGGUGCUGCUGGCUUUCCCGGUGCACGUGGUCUUCCUGGUCCUCCUGGCAAUAACGGUAACCCAGGGCCCCCAGGUGCCAGUGGUGCUCCAGGCAAGGAUGGACCCCCAGGUCCUGCGGGUAGCAGUGGUUCUCCUGGCAACCCUGGAGUGGCUGGACCAAAAGGUGAUGCUGGUCAACCAGGUGAGAAGGGACCACCUGGCGCCCAGGGCCCUCCGGGAGCUCCAGGCCCACUUGGAAUUGCAGGGAUUACCGGAGCACGGGGUCUUGCAGGACCACCAGGCAUGCCAGGUCCUAGGGGAAGCCCUGGUCCUCAGGGAAUCAAGGGUGAAAGUGGGAAACCAGGAGCUAGUGGCCACAAUGGUGAACGUGGUCCUCCUGGACCCCAAGGUCUCCCUGGUCUAGCUGGUGCAGCUGGUGAACCUGGAAGAGAUGGAAACCCUGGAUCAGAUGGUCUGCCAGGUCGAGACGGAGCUCCUGGUGGCAAGGGUGACCGUGGCGAAAAUGGCUCUCCUGGUGCCCCCGGUGCUCCUGGUCAUCCGGGCCCACCUGGUCCUGUUGGUCCAGCUGGAAAGAGUGGUGACAGAGGAGAAACUGGCCCUGCUGGUCCUGCUGGUGCUCCUGGUCCUGCUGGUUCCCGAGGUGCUCCUGGUCCUCAAGGCCCACGUGGUGACAAAGGUGAAACUGGUGAACGUGGCUCUAAUGGCAUCAAAGGACAUCGAGGAUUCCCUGGCAAUCCAGGCCCCCCAGGUUCUCCAGGUCCUGCUGGUCACCAGGGUGCAAUUGGUAGUCCAGGACCUGCAGGCCCCAGAGGACCUGUUGGACCUCAUGGACCUCCUGGAAAAGAUGGAACCAGUGGACAUCCAGGUCCCAUUGGACCACCAGGGCCUCGAGGUAACAGAGGUGAAAGAGGAUCUGAGGGCUCCCCAGGACACCCAGGACAACCAGGCCCUCCAGGACCACCUGGUGCCCCUGGUCCUUGCUGUGGUGGUGGAGCUGCUGCAAUUGCUGGGGUAGGGGGUGAAAAAUCUGGUGGUUAUGCACCAUAUUAUGGAGAUGAACCAAUGGAUUUCAAAAUCAACACUGAAGAGAUUAUGUCUUCACUGAAAUCUGUUAAUGGACAAAUAGAAAGCCUCAUCAGUCCUGAUGGUUCUCGUAAAAACCCUGCUAGGAACUGCAGAGAUCUGAAAUUCUGCCAUCCUGAACUCAAGAGUGGAGAAUAUUGGGUUGAUCCCAACCAAGGUUGCAAGAUGGAUGCUAUUAAAGUAUUCUGUAACAUGGAAACUGGGGAAACAUGCAUAAAUGCCAGUCCUUUGACUGUUCCACGAAAGAACUGGUGGACAGACUCUGGAGCUGAGAAGAAACAUGUCUGGUUUGGAGAGUCCAUGGAUGGUGGUUUUCAGUUUAGCUAUGGCAAUCCUGAACUUCCUGAAGAUGUGCUUGAUGUUCAGUUGGCAUACCUCCGACUACUCUCCAGCCGGGCCUCCCAGAACAUCACGUAUCACUGCAAGAAUAGCAUUGCAUACAUGGAUCAGGCCAGUGGGAAUGUAAAGAAAGCCCUGAAGCUGAUGGGGUCAAAUGAAGGUGAAUUCAAGGCUGAAGGAAAUAGCAAAUUCACAUACACAGUUCUGGAAGAUGGCUGCACUAAACACACUGGGGAAUGGAGCAAAACAGUCUUUGAAUAUAGAACACGCAAGGCCGUGAGACUACCUAUCGUAGAUAUUGCACCCUAUGAUGUUGGUGGUCCUGAUCAAGAAUUUGGUGUGGACAUUGGCCCUGUUUGCUUUCUAUAAACCAAACUCUAUCUGAAACUCCAGCAAAAAAUUUCACAUUCCAUAUGUGUUCCUUUUGUUCUAAUCUUGUCAACCAGUACAAGUGGCCAACUAAAUUCCAGUUAUUUAUUUCCAAAAUUUUUGGAAAAAGUGUAAUUUGACAAAAAAGGAUACUUUUUUUUUUUUUUUUGCUGUUCUACCAAAUACAGUUCAAAUGCUUUUUGUUUUAUUUUUUUACCAAUUCCAAUUUCAAAAUGUCUCAAUGGUGCUAUAAUAAAUAAACUUCAACACUCUUACAAUAACACUGUGUUACAUUCUUGAAUCCUAGCCCAUCUGCAGAGCAAUAACUGUGCUCACCAGUAAAAGAUAAUCUUUCUUUCUGAAACAGACAUGAAAUUAGAAAUGACCUCCCUAUUUAACUACCUCAACUGGUCAGAAACAGAUAAAUUCUUGGAGUCCCAGAAGACCAAAUGAUUUGUAUAAAGUGACAAAAUUUAUGAAUCUCUUUGAUUGAUUUCAUAGAAUAUUGGUGAAAAAUAGAGUGUAGUGCAAAAAUUUAAGUAAAUAUUUUCUAAGCCACAGUUAUCUAUCAACUGCUAUUCAAGGUGCUUCUCUUCUUGUCAUUGCUGGUGAAGAUGACAAACAUAUGGGAAGGCUUUAAAGACACAUGUUAUGGUGCUAAUGAACUUUCACUUUCAGAACUCUACAUUAGAAUUGUUGACCUGCUUUAGACCAUGAAUGCACAAUGUCUGUACCUGUCUCCCAUCAGAAAGAUUAAUUGGCAUGCCACAAGGAAUGUCUCCCUUCAUCCUGUAAAAGUCAACAACAAAAAUCAAGUUAUGGGGCUGCUUUUGUCACAAUAACACAGAGAAUGUUUUGAAAUUUUCUUUUGUAAGCUUGUAUGUGGUUGUUGAUCUUUUUUUCUUACAGACACCCAUAAUAAAAUAUCAUAAUGAAACA